AUGUCCGCAACCAGAUUACCAACAUAUUUUAUCAGCCACGGUGGACCCAACCUACUGGACGAUAAAGAUAAGCCUGGAAAAUUCUAUGACUGGUUUGGAAAAACCAUCCGAGAGAAAAUCAAGCCAAAGGCGGUGGUUAUCGUAAGCGCUCACUGGCAAGGAGAUGGCAACGGUGUUUAUGUGGAGGCCACCGAAGGUCCCUUGAAAUUGAUAUACGACUUCUAUGGUUUUCCGCCACAAUACUACAAACAAACAUGGAACGGUACUGGAUUACCGUCUUUGGCCAACAAAGUGGCAGAGUUGUUGAAGCAGAAAGGAAUUCCAGCAACUUUGACUAAGCGUGGUAUUGACCACGGCGUGUGGGUCCCAUUGAAGAGAGCUUUAUCUGAUUUCGAUAUACCACUUGUUCAAGUAUCAACAUUUGAGCAUGAAGAUAUGGCAUCUCAUGUCAAACUGGGAGAAGCACUUCAACCAUUAAGAUCUCAUCCACAACAAAUUGAAAAUCGCAGAGACGAAGGCGUGCUGAUCAUUGGUAGUGGUGCUGCAGAGCACAAUCUUCGCGAUAUGUGGCAGCACAUCAAUCGACCAUCACCAUCCUAUAUCAAAUCUUUCGAUAAAAACUUGGAGGAUAGUGUGUUGAAGUAUACGGGGGAACAACGAAAGGCUGAAGUGUGCAAACUCAACAAAGACCCAGCAUUCAGGAAAUGUCAUCCUACUGCUGAACAUCUUGUUCCUCUUCAUGUAGCUGUUGGUGCUGCCGGCGAUGAUAAGGCUGUCAAGAUAUUAGACGACUUUUUCUCAACCAUUGGGUGGUCCAGUUUUGAGUUUUCUAGCAACAAUCAAGAUAAAACAGAGUUAUGA